UCACAAUUAAGUAAUUAUUUUUUAUUUCUUGUUGUUAAUUGUUAUUUUAAUUAAUUUACUUAACUUUCAUCAUCUUUAGAAUGUUGUGAUUUCUUUUCUAUCUUAACCAUUUAAUCCAAUUGAAUCUUGAAAGAAGACAUUGUGUUUACUUUGGAGUUUUGUUCUUCUCUCCUUUUCAUUUUCAUCAUUUAACUCAAUCUCUUUUUCUGAAGAAAAAAAAAUUCUCUUCUCUUCAAUUAUCUUUAUAUCGUGUGUGUUGAUUACUAUUUAUUAAGAUCUUUUUUUAUAUAUCCAUAGAAACUUAAACCAGCUGUUAAAUACUCUACUCUUUAUUUCUCAUAUUCUCUUUGCUCUUUGUAUUUUCUUCUUCUUCUCCUCCUCAUCAUCUCUUUUUCCCACUCUUACCUUAUCUCUUUCCUCUAUUUUGCCUUUAAGAGUUUAUUAGUGUAUCUCUUUAUAUUCUCUCUUCUUUUUUUUGUUCUUUUCUUUAAAUCCCCUUUGGUGUGACAUCCUGGACAAGGGGAAAAUAAUUAGGAUGGUAAAGUUAACCAUUAACGUGAUUGAUUUUUGGAUGAUCUUUACAUACUCAUCUUAAUAUUCAUCUCAUCUUAUCUUGGAUAUAAGUCUAGUCUCGAUUUGGUAUUGGAAAUCAUACUUACAUGUUUAUAUCCUUGAUCACUCUAAUUUUCACCUCUUAUUAUCUACUUUUCCUUAUAUGUAACUAAUGUGUUCAAUUUGGAAUAUUCUCUUGUCAUCAUCAUCUUAUCUUCUGGUUACAUGUGAUUACAAUUGGCUCAUUGGUACAUCAUUUUCAUCACUGUUACCAUAAUCUCUAUCAUCAACUUGAUCAUCUUGUUUGCUGUUAUUGUGAAUGGGAAGUGAAAAAUAUUCAAAUUUCACAUCUACUUGUCAAUCAUCUCUCUUCUUAAAGUGUUGAAUUCUCUCAAAUUUAAUCUUACUUUGUUUUCACACCUUUAGUCACACAAUUAUAUUUUCUAAAUUCAUCUUGUUCCCCUCUACCAUUAUUAAUUUAUUUUGGUGGUUGCAUUUUUUUUAUUCAAUUCAACCCGAGUUUCCCAUCAUCUUUACAACUGGCUACUUACGAUAGUUCAACAACAAAGCCAUCUUCUUCAUCAUGGACUCUGAAGAAGAUGGCCAAGAAGGUGGAGAACCAUUCACACUUUCUUCCCAAAACAUUCAACAUUGCCGUUGUUGGCCUUUCAGGCUCAGAAAAGGAGAAAGGAUGUAUGGGUGUUGGUAAAUCAUGUCUUUGUAAUCGUUUUGUCCGUUCAUUCGCCGAUGAUUAUCACACAGAUCAUAUUUCUGUACUCUCACAGAGUGAUUUUAGUGGGCGAGUCGUAAAUAAUGAUCAUUGGCUUUAUUGGGGAGAAGUGACUAAACAAGUGGAUGAAGGAGCAGAAGUAACCUUCAGUAUAAUCGAGCAAACCGAAUUUAUUGAUGAUUCCUGUUUCCAGCCAUUCAAAACAGGUAAAACGGAGCCAUAUUAUAAGAGAUGUGCGUCAACACGAUUAAAUUCAGCGGAAAAAUUAAUGUACAUUUGUAAAAACCAGCUUGGUAUUGAGAAAGAAUAUGAACAAAAAUAUCUUAAUGAUGGGCGAUUCCUUGUUGACGCUUUUGUUUGCGUCUUUGAUGUUAGUGAGGUGCAAGGUCGAAGUCUGGAUAAAGCCAUUGAAUAUACUUCAUUAAUUUUAAAUAAUCUCAUAAAAACCAAGAAACCGGUUGUUUUGGCAACUACCAAACAUGAUGAAGCCAUUGAAUACCAUAUAAGAGAAGCGGAGAAACUUGUCAAUAGGAAAGAAUUUCGAGGAAUCGUCCCCUGGAUAGAGACAUCAGCCCAUGAUAAUGUUAAUGUUGACAAUGCGUUUAUCGCUUGUCUUCAGUUACUUGAUCGUAAUCGACGUGGUGCAAUUAAAAUAAUCCCUUAUUAUGAUGCUCUUCGUGAACGUAAAGCUAUCCUUGAUAUCGCCUCAAAUGCUUGUCAAGUUCUCAUUCGAAGUCAAAUAACCGAUUAUCGAGCUCUUUGGAAUUCAGCUCACAAAAAGUUAUCUCAAUCACCUGAUUUUAUUCGCUAUUGUGAUCUGUUUGGACAAGAAAAUGCUCAUAAAACCUUUAAACGACAUGUGAAAAAAUUGAAAGACGAUUACAUCUCAAGGAAAAUGCAAACUUAUCUCCGUCUUCUUCCCGUGGUGCUCGCUGAAAUGUUACCCGACAUUGAUGCUAUGGGAGAAAACUGUGAUUGGAAUAUGGCUAAAAUUAAAUUAAGAACUCACCCUGACUUUAAUCGUUACUUUAUUAAUAACAUGGAUCAACCUUGGCACGAGUUAGAUGUAGAAAGCACCGAAUCACGGAUUCCGUUUGAUCUAUUAAAUACUCAAGAAGCUGAACUUUGUUUCCGAGAACAUAGAGCAUCCCUUGAAUCGGAGGAUCGAAGGAAAGAAUUGAAGCAUCAAUUUCAACAAUUACUCUCCGAGACUGGUUACAUUACACCAGGAAAAAGUUUCAACGAAGUUCGAAUCCUAUUUAUGGGCCGAGAAUGCUACGAAUCUCUAAGUGAACAAGAUCUGUAUGAAAUUUAUUCAGACUAUCAACGUAGUCUCACUGAACGUGCCAAGCUUACCUUUCAAGAACUUCUAUUAGAAAACUCUGAGCUUUUCUAUCACUUUGCUGCUAUCAGUCCAGGUAAUGCAAUUACUCAGAAUGAUAUAUUCAAAAUAAACGAAGCAAUAAAAGAAGAUAUCAGGUACAAAGCUCUUGACAGAUUAGAACAAGAGAGAACGCUCAUGUUACUUCGUCAUCUCGGUUUCAUCCAUGGUCCAAUUCGUGAACAUUGUCCAUCUUACCCUGAUUGUAUGGAUAUUCUGAUAGAGAAAUUCGUUUCCACUCAACCAAGUCGACCCCCACCUUUCCUCAGGUACUCUCAAUGGAUUCCAAAUCCUGACAACACAAACCUUAAAAUUGUCAUUCUUGGAUCUGGUGGUUUAGCUGAAGACUUAUCAUCAACUAUCAAGAAAGUAAAUGAAUCUUUUGAAUAUGAAAAAAUUCGUUACACUUUGGACUUUAGAAUUAUCGAUGGAGAUGUAGAUCUACCUGAAUACGCAUUUCAAACCUCUGAAUUUAUACCACAAGGAUUAUUUUGUGUUUACUCUAAUCAUCAAACUCUUGAAUAUAUUCGUGAUUCAAUGGAAAAAACUUUACUAUCAAAUUUGGAAGCCGAUGAUCGUUUACCCUUCCAUGGUUUACCAAUGGUAAUAUUGUUUGCUGCUGAUGGUGAUAUAACUGUACAAGAUUCAAUCUUUUUACGAGAAGAAGGUCAAAACCGUGCCAAGAGUUUACAGUGUCCAUUUAUUGAUGUUACCUAUUUUCUGUCAAGUUCAAGUGAAUCAAUUGAUGAUAUUGAUGAAAAUGAAGAUAAUGAUGAACAAGGGGACGAAGGAGAAGAAUUAGAAGAAGACAAAGAAAACGAGAUUGAUAAAGAUGAUGGAGAGGAAAUAGAUGAAAAUGGAGAAAGGAGAGGAAAUAGUAACGCAAGAAGAAAAAGAAGAAGACGAAGAAGAGAACGGAAACAAAGUAGAAGAAUAGAAAGAGAUGAAUAUGAUUCUAAAAUGAGGAGUGCCUUGUCUGCUCUAAUUGAAAGUAUCCAACGUCGAGCUGGAUUAAUACAAAUUUACCAAUCAUUGCCUGAACAAUCAAUGAUAAUACCCGAUCUUCGUAUUCUCAUUUGUACCUUUUGUGGGGAUCCAUAUUCAUUGGAAAAAGUUGUUGAUCCAUUAUUAAGUCAUAAUUUGUGUUUUAUAACUUCAAUUAAUUCACUAAUUACUGAUGUAUCAUUUAAUGAAGGUGGUAACAAACUGGUUGAAUUUAUUUUCACCUCAUACCAUGGAGCUGGUGCUUAUCGUGAUGAGUUACUUCAUGGUUUCAUUUUACUCUAUUCAACCCAUAGAAAGUCAUCGCUCAAUACACUUUCCGCUUUCUCCAAUAACAUUCCCAAUACACCAACACAAAUAAUUGCCGUUCUUGACAAUGAUAAUCCAACAACUGCAUCUAUCGCAGCUUCGGUAUCUAUCUGUUCAGCAUCAUCCUCUUCAGAGGUUUACUAUUCCAAUACUGAUCUGUCAACUCAGCUGAUUGAAGAGGGACACACAUUAGCUGAUAAACUGGCGGUUCACUUUAUUACUCACUGUUCUAUCUCUAGUGUUCCAAAUGGUUCAGAUUUUGUUCCCUUCUACCUUGAUGCUUGGGAUCGUAAACCUCAAAUUGAGAAAGCAUUUGAACUUGAUGAAAGUGAACUGUUCAAUUACGAUAGACGAUCAUCACCACCUCCAAUUCCACCGCCGAUUCCACCUCCUAUCCCAUCGCGCCAAGAAUCUUACAAUAUACCUAAAGGGUCACUCACUACUCUAAGUAAUCUCACCAGUUCAGUAAAUACUAUCGGAGGUGGUACAUCAUCCACCACAAACACUAACAAUUCAUCAACCACGGCGGAAAUGUUAGAUGAUAGAUUAGACUCAGAGGUUUUCUAUGAGCAGCUACAAUCAGAAAGGAAAUCAAUUGAAAAUGAAAAACAAUCUCCAAAUGUGUACGGAGGUCGAGUGGCUAGUGAUGAUAGUGAAAUAUAUUCAACUGUUUUCAAUCAAGAUAAUGAUCAUCAAUUAGUUAAACCAUCACAAAUUAAAAACAAGAAUCUUCAAUCAGCAUCACCACCUCCCUCAUACAUGAGCAAUUUUACCACAUCUCGGACAUCUUUAUAUCAACAACAACCUCAAUCCCACCAUCAACGGACUAUGUUUCAUACUAGUGCCAAUAUCCCUCCUCCUCAUCAUCCACCUGAAGGUGCCAGUCCAUCAUCUUUGUUUGCCACUGGACGUCGACAAUCAGCUGGACUGCCCACCAAUGAAAGAUCAGCAUUUUUGAUGCAUCAAUAUCAUUUGAAAAAGUCAAAUAGCUUAAAAACAGGGAAUUUACUCCAACAUCCAAAUGAUAAUCAUCGAUCACGAUUACAUGAUGAAAUUGAAGUUUCCGAUGAGAUCACUGAUGAUGAUGAUGAUACAGUCUCUUCUGGACUUUCUGGUUACGGAGCUUAUCCACCGCCACCAGAACCAGCACCACCCGAUCUUCCACCGCCCAAUCGUUUGCGUAAAGCGCCAUCACUUCCUGUAUCUGGUCAUCCAUUUCUUGGUCAAAGGAGUUUCGAUGAAGGUUGGAUGGAAGCUUAUGACCGUAGUCAACUAGGAGAUGAAUAUCUUGACAAUGAAGCCGCUUCUCAAGGCUACUUCCAGGGUCCACCGCCUUUAAAGCCAAAGCCACUCAAACCAAAGCCUGGAAAAAUCAAUUUAAAACAAUUCGACAAUAUAACUGACGCGGUCGGUCGUAUGAAUUUAACUUCUGUACCUGAUAAAAGAAUGCUGGUUAAAAAUCGAGGUCAAUCCGCUCCAUCGGAAUCGCUUGACCUUUCAUUAGAAUACUCGAAAACCAAAGAUGUUUACCACGAUCGUCAUGCUUAUCCCUACGCUGGUUUUCCAGGAUCAGACGGAAAAUCUCAUAAAAUACGCUCUCUUGCUCGUCGAAACAAAGAUUCCUCCUUCGAAAAAGGCUCUGAUUCUGAUAGUGACUGGAGUUCACUUGAACGAUUACAGAGAGAUCCUUAUAACCGUUCAAAUCGUAAAACUGGAUCUCAUAAGAAAAUGCGUAAAAAACGAGGAAUACCCGUGGCCCCACCCAGAUUACCUUCUUUCGAUGGACCAAAUAAUCUUGGUCAGUCCUCAUCAUCAAUUGGUCAACAGCACAGUUCCAGUACUACCAAUUUAUCAUCUGCUGGUGUAUCAGUAGCCUCAUCAUCAACCACGUCCGCUCAUCCUCCUCCUCGGCUUUUAGGUCCCACCUCUCUUGACACUUAUGAUCCAGUUCGAGUAACUGGUUACAAUAGUCGUUCAGAUAAUUCAGGGGACGAUGAAACAUCUCAUUUGAUAUUAGGUGAUGUGGUUACAUCAAACAACCCAAAUAGUUACAGGAGAAUGACCUCUGUUGAUGAUUUUGAUAAUAGUGCCAACAAUUUACCGAACAAUUUUAUCGAUAGUAAUUUAAAUCCAAUUAGUCGUAUUAACACUGGUCCAUCAACGAGUAACAUAAUGAAUAUUAGUAGAUCUGAAUAUCAUCAAUAUACUUACCACCAUCAGCCUCCUCCUCCUCCACUUCCUCAUUCACACCACCGCCACCCUCUAACCCUACCACCUCCACCACCACCUCCACUCCCACCUCCUCACCAUCAGAACGUUAAUGAACUUGUGAACAUGGGUAAAAAUAAGCAUAAGCGAUCAUUUCAUUUACCUCGCCGUCGUGCUAAACCCGUUCAAUCUCAUUCCAUACCUGAAACAUUUACCACUAAUACUACAGGUUCACCUCAGUCUCCACCUGAGAAUCUUAAUUACAAUCAAUCAUAUUCAUUUAUCCGAUCAUCUGAUCCAAGUUUCACUUUUGGUGCUCAUCUACCAUAUUCAGCUUCUUCAUCUAAAUUGAAAAUUGAUCCACUGGCUUGUCUUCAUGCUCCACCAGAUGAUGAUUUUGAAUUAACUGCCAAUGAUGCAGCAAUCAAACAACUUGGAAUGGUUUUGAAAAGUAAAUCAGCCUCGGUGGUGAAUGACAUUGAAAGAUUGAACAAGGAGAGAAGAGAAAAGGAGAAGAAAAAAUUGCGAGAAGAGGAAAAAAAUGAGAAACGUCGAUUAAAGGAAGAGGAAAGGCAACGUCGAAAUGCUGAGAAGAAGAAAAAGAAACAAUUAAAAUCUAAUUCAAGCAGUUCAGGUCCAGUUCUCGAAGAAUUUGCUCAAUCAGAAACAAAUGCGAUCCCAUUGUUUGUCGAUAAAUGUAUCACCUUUAUCGAAGAGGAAGGUCUUGAUUCUGAAGGAAUUUACCGAGUUCCCGGAAAUCGAGCUCAUGUUGAUCUAUUGUUUCAUAAUUUCGACGAAGAUCCAAAUGUGUCCAUCAAAGAAUUGGAUAUACCCGUUAAUGCGGUGGCCACAGCACUAAAAGAUUUCUUUUCAAAACGUCUUCCCCAAUUGAUUCCAAGCUACAUGAUGGAUGAAUUAACUGAUGUUGUCUCUCGAAUACCCGAUAGAAAUGAAAGGCUUGUGGCCUUACAAGAGCUAAUUCGUAAAUUACCUCCGGCAAACUUUGAAAUACUCAAAUUUGUAUUCCGUCAUUUUGUUAAAGUGACUGAAAAUAGUCGUUUAAACAGUAUGGACAGUAAAAACUUGGCAAUAUGCUGGUGGCCCACCCUGUUACCCUUUGAAUUCACUGAUAUGCUCAUGUUUGAAAGGAUGAGGCCACAUUUAGAGGAAUCAGUUCAAACCAUGAUCGAUCAAUUUGAUUAUAUUUUUUGUAAUGAAGAGGAACGAGUUCAUAUAAUAUAAAGAUCAAAAUAAUACGGAAACGGAAGCAUUUCAACCAAUCCAAUCAAGAAUUGAUUUGAUAAACCAACUCAGAGGAAAAGAAAAAGAUGAAGAUAAUCAACAAAUUAUCGACAGCUCCAACAAUCUGCAGUUAAAUGUUUGUGAAUUUUGCAUUUAAAGAAACGUCAUCUUCAACUUAAUCAACUUAAUUAAUCAAUGAACACAUGAAACAAGUAACAAAAUCAACUGAUUGAUGAACAAAACAUUUAGAUAGUAAUUGUUUUUACUAUGAAUCUCAAUCUAACUUUUUCUUUUGCUUUUGCUAUUUAAAUAGAACCUCAAUUAAUUAAUUCUUGAUUAUUGAUAUAUUCAUACGCUUGUAUUUAUGUAUUGAUAUAAGUAUCGACCAGGAUUGAACAAUUUAGUUAAUUGUUCAACAUGAUAGAAAAAAAGAUUCAGUGUAAAGAUUAAUUUACUCUUUCAUUUGAAUCACUAGUCAAAUUUAAUAUUUUGAUGUGGAAGAGACUUAAUUAUCUGAUUUGCCUGAUUAUUUAUCUUUCACUUUAAAAAAACUAAAUUUAAUCAAUGAAAACAAUCAAAAAGUAAAUUGUCGUUAAACUACCAAAAAAAACACAAGAGAAAGAUAAAAAUUCUAAUCAACUUAGAAUUUAAUUGGACAUAAGAAAAAAUUAAGGAACAAAAAAGACAAUUAAUCUUGACAUAAUUUAAGAGAAAAUCUAAAUUCUUGAAAACAAAAAGAUCUCAUUAAUUUCUUAUAACAAUUAACUAAUUAAUAAUAAUAAUAAUAAUAUAAUUGUACUCAUUAACUUUCACUGAGAUUGAUUUGGAUAAAAAUUGGAAAUCAAUUUUAUAUAUAAAUUAUAUUCAAACAUAUUGAUAUUAUUAUAAGAAAAUUACCGCUAACUAAUCAACUAACCUCUUAAUUAACAAUUAACUUUUGGCGACAAACAAUUUAAAAGGAAAAGGAAACCACCAUCACCAUUAUCAUCAUCAUCACCUCUUUAUAAUUAAACAUGUUACCAAUUUAAAUUUAUAUAAUUAAUCAUCUAAAUUGAUAAUUGUCAUUCUCUCCCAAAACUGUUGUAAUCAUUUAAACUUUACCACCCACUUAAUUGUCAUAAUUUCAUCAUCAACUUGAUAUCUCUUUCCAUUCAUAGGUUUUCCUAUUAUCUUAUCAUUUUCUCUCUCAUAUUUUAAUUGUUGUUUCCAAAUUUCCGUUAUUCAAUCAAGUGAUCAAUUUGUAAUCUGUAAAGAUUGUGUAAGACACACAACACAAACAAAAAACACAACCCCAAUUAUAGUUAAUAUACUAAUUUAGUUGAUUAAACAAUUCUCUCAUUAA